AUGCUGAUCAUCCUCCUCCUCCUGCUCUUCUUUCUCGGCCUCACGCCGUCUGCCGCCGCGGAACCCCUGGGACAGAUCUGCGGCCAAUUCGGCAACUACUCGCUCGACGGCACCUACCGAUACAAUCUUGGACUGCUAGCCAAAGCGCUCUCCAACAAUGCCUCGUCCGCAGCGGACCUGUUCGCCAAGGUCUCCGUGGGCACCGAGCCGGACAUCGCGUACGGCCUCGCGCGCUGCAGCGGUGACACCAACGCCUCCGCCUGUGCAGAGUGCCUCGCCACCGCGUUCCAGGACGCGCAGCGCCUGUGCCCACUGAGCAAGUACGCCGCCGUCUUCUACGGUUCAUGCUUCCUUCGUUUCUCCAGCUACGCCUACGACUCCCGAGGUACGGGUCCUGCUGACGGUUUUAUUUUCCUCCCCAACAACACGGAGCCCAUGUUACCUGGCUGGGAUCCCGGCAACGUUGACGCCAUCACCACCAUCACCGACAUCAUCAAGUUGCUGCUCAAUGAGACGGUCACGCUGACGGCACCGUCGCCGUACGCCACCGAACUGGCUUAUGGCACCGUCCACAUGUAUGUCGGCGGCACCUUCCCGCCGCUCUACUCUCAGGCGCAGUGCAUACCAAAUGAAGACAUACUACAGGAUAAUGGCUGCCGGGAUUGCCUCGACAAUAUGAGCAUCAAGUUCAUGGCCAGAUACUUCACCGGACAGCAAGGUGGGCGGGUUCUUGGCGUGCAGUGUCAGUUCAGGUACGGAACGACCAACUUCUACCACGCCCAGCCCAUGCGGCAAAUUCGCUGGAAGGGUGCUGCUGUUCCACCACCAACGCCCUCCGUUGUGCCCAGCCAGACGCAAAAGGUGCGUUUGGGCAAGGCGGUUUUGGUUACUGUCACCCUUAUUCCUAUGAUGGCUUUGCUUGUUUGCUCCAUCUCUUGUUUUGCGUGGAACAAGAGGCACAGAAAAGGUAAAGCGAGAUUUCACGACAAGGCUAAUAUGAAUGUCCAUGAAGAAGUAUUAGCUCUGGGAUUAGAAGGAAGGAAUUCCGAAUUCUCAUUCUUUGACUUUUCAGAAGUAUCAAAUGCUACAAGCAACUUUUCAGAUGAAAGUAAACUGGGGCAAGGUGGCUUCGGUCCUGUGUACAAGGGUCAGUUUCCUGAUGGGUCGGAGGUAGCUGUUAAGAGACUUGCUUCACAUUCUGGGCAAGGUCUUAUAGAGUUCCAAAAUGAAGUCAGACUCAUAGCCAAGCUUCAACACACGAAUUUGGUUAGACUAUUGGGAUGUUGCAUACAAGGAGAGGAGAAAAUACUGAUAUAUGAGUAUUUGCCAAACAGGAGCUUGGACUUCUUUAUCUUUGACCAAGCACGAAGAGCUUUACUUGAUUGGAACAAACGGCUAUCGAUAAUUGAAGGCAUAGCACAAGGAAUUCUGUAUCUGCAUAAGCACUCUCGGUUGCGAGUGAUACAUAGAGACCUUAAAGCAAGCAACAUUCUCUUGGACUGUGAUAUGAAUCCUAAAAUCUCUGAUUUUGGGCUUGCAAAAAUAUUCGGUACAAAUGAUACUGAAGGAAACACAAAAAGGAUUGCUGGGACAUUUGGUUAUAUGGCUCCCGAGUAUGCUUCGGAGGGCAUUUUCUCAAUCAAAUCAGAUGUAUUCAGUUUUGGUGUGCUAAUUAUUGAAAUUGUCAGUGGAACAAGAAACUCUGGUUUCCAUCAGUUUGGCAACUUCUUCAACCUUCUUGGAUAUGCAUGGAAGUUGUGGAAAGAGGAAAGGUGGCUUGAACUCAUAGAUGCAUCCUUACCUCCGGAGAUUCAUGCAUUAGACAUGAUGAGAUGUGUUAAAAUUGCAUUGUUGUGUGUGCAAGAGAAGGCAGUUGAUCGCCCCACCAUGUCAGCCGUCGUUGCCAUGCUAAGCAACGAUAAUAUGACCCUACCGGAUCCAAAGCAUCCAGCAUAUUUCCACGUAGAAGUAAGAAGUGAUCAGGGGUCAAAAGUUGAUGCUGAGCCACCUAGUGUUAAUGGUGUCACAGUAUCUGUCCUAAAUGGCAGGUAG